UUCUCUUUUCCUCUAUAUUGCAAAGCAAAAACAUGUUGUAAAAUGCUAAAUGCUAUAAUUUUUAAGUUCUGACAGUAAAGAGAAAAUACAUUUUAGAAUCAAAUAUAUCUUCGCACGGCAUUACAAAUGCUUGAAUCAUCUCAAUUUUCAUCAGAAAACAUAACAGACGAAACAGAGGUCAAGGUUGCCAGAAUGGCUAGUGCUGGUGCAGACUGGAGGACAGAAAAGUCCAUUAUAGAAUGCAAUCGUUACAUGCUUGACAACUCUGUACAUACUGAUGUGACAUUCAAUCUCAAAUCAACGAUAUUGUUGGCUCAUAGGACAAUUCUAAUCAGUCGCAGUCAGGUGUUUGAGAGUUUGUUAAUGAGCCAAGCAUCUUCAGGUGUAAUCAGUGUACCAGAUGUUGAACCUGCUGUCUUUGGUAAAAUGUUGAGCUUCAUUUAUUGUGACAGUGUUGAUGUUGAUGAUAGUGAUGCUGCAGGUUUACUGGCGGCAGCCAAAAAAUACAAGAUAUCUGGUUUAGAGGCUCUAUGUAUGCAGAAGAUGAAAACUGGUGUAUCCAUAGAGAGUGUAUGUAUCGUCCUGAACCAUGCUACUGAUAUUCAGCUGAAAGAAAAAUGUGUAGAUUUUAUAUUUAGAUUCCCACAGCACAUCAUUGAAACCAGUGGUUUCUUACAAUUGCAACCACAGCAUUUGCAAGCAAUAAUUGCAGAUGAUCGUUUUCAUGUAAAGGAAGAAUUAAUCUUUGAGACUUUGGUCAAGUGGUCAGAAAAAGAGUGUGUUCGUCAAAAUUUGAGCAUAAAUUUACCACAUCAGAACCAAGUACUUGGAGAUAUCGUAAAACUUGUGCGAUUUGGUUUGAUGGAACACAAAUAUGUGAAAGAAAAGUGUAAAAAAUUUCUAAGUAGUGAAAGUUAUGUUGAUAUAAUGGAAGAAUUAGCAGAGUUAGGCAAUAACUCUGGACUUAUCAAGAAAAAGCGUGGAUUGGUUGCAACUCCCGAUGACUCAAAUUCAGUGUCAAGUACAUUGACAUCAAAUAGUAGCAGUCGAGUAUUUGAUCAUGGGGCAAGCAGCACUUCGUCUGGAGCCGGCCAAGGUCUUCCUAGUUCAUUUACAUCAUUUCAAAGCAAUCCCAGAGUUCUGCAUCCUCGUUCCAACCCAAUGGAAACCUCAACUUCUUCACGUUCAUCUCAAGAUAUUCCUGAAGUUACUGAUUGUAUUCGUCCUGUUGAAACAGUACAGAGGUAUUCUUUAGAACACAGGGAAAGAGUUAGAUUGGGAUAUUUUAUUGAGAGGGAUCAGCGCAUUAUCGUAGAAAGAUUUACAGCAACUCAAAGCGGGAAAGCAUAUACAAGAGAAAACAAAGAUGGUGUAUCAUUUAUAUCCUCCCAAAAUCUAAAACUGCAUGGAAUGUUGAUAUAUGGAAGCCACCAGAGGCCAGGUUCUUAUCAAAUAAAGCUAGAAAUACUAAAAGAUACUGGAAUUAGAGGUUCUGACUUAGAAAGAGUUCAUGCAGUGCAAACAAGCAUGGCCACAGAUGGAGCUACAAAGGUUUACGAAUUUGAUGUGAGGCCAGCAGUAAUGAUUGACUCUGGAAAAGUUUAUACUAUUAGGGCAUUAUUUACAGGUCAAGCUAGUUUCUAUGGAGUAAAUGGCGUUUCACCCGUUUUGAAAAAUGGACUUCAGAUAGAUUUUGUUACGGACAUUACUUGUCUUAACUUAACCUCAAAGGAAAUCGGACAAUUUCCAGGACUUAUCUUUGAAAAGGUUUAAGAAAUAACUAAAUAUUUAAAUAUAGUAAAGUAAUAUGCUGUUUGUUAUCCAGCAUACUGUUAUACCUUACACUUGCUAAUAAUUUAAAUAUGAAAAUGAAAA